GCUAGCUGCAGCGCCACGCUGAGCGAGGCUGACUGGCCGCCAAACCCCGCGGGGAGGAGACGUGGUAAAGUUGUUGGAGAACAGGGGCACCAAUAAAUGCGAGACCUUUUCUGCGCAUUCGAAGACCGGCAGAGCAGGCGGGAGCGUACGAUUCUUGUCUCGCCUACCUGGCUUUUGAUGUCGAUGCGGCGCCCCGCUCUCGGCGUUUAUCUCGGAUCUCGGACCAUGCCCAAGUUAUAAGAAGCAGAGGGAAAUGUUUCCUCUUUCUUUUGCCACUUCCCUACAACUCCUAGUCCAACCCUACGCAAGACAUCGAACCGAACAAUCUAUAACACUUGAGGGAUCCAGAUCCCCGCUUCACCACCAGCCCAUCAUGUACGUGGUCCUAUUCGAGACGAAGCCGUCGCCGGCCCACCAGUCGACCUACAUGUCCAUCGCGGCCUCCCUCAAACCCUCGCUCGCUCUGGUCGACGGCUUCCUCUCCAACGUCCGGUACCGGUCGCUGACCCGGCCGGGCUGGCUGCUGUCGCUGUCGACGUGGGAGACGGAGCGCGCGCUCGUUCGCUGGCGCGCCGCCGGGACGCACCACGGCGCGCAGGCCAGGGCCCGCGGCGGUGUAAUGGAGGACUACCACCUCCGGGUCGGGCAGGUCGUCGCCGGGGACGGCGGCGCGGAAGGGCUCGACACGACCGAGGUCGGGGCCGCCGCGUGCGUGAUGCUGGUGUACGGGCGGGCCGACGGCCUCGACGAUGGUCCGUCGGAUGCGUCGGAGCUGGCUGCGUCCAUGGGCCUGUCGCUGGAUGGGCGUGACGGUGCGACGUUGGAGGAGCAGGGGCUUGUGGCUUGGGACGUCUUCCAGGCGGUCGACGGUUUGGGAGAGCUUGUCUUGCUGUCGUCGUGGCGGGACGAAGCUGACAGCUCUCGAUUCCACGGCGAGGUCGGGAACGGUCAGCUGUCGCAGGGAAAGGUGCAAAAGGUUCGGGUACUGAGAGAUUAUGGAAAAUACGACAGACGCGAGGCGCCUCAGUUCUUUGAGGAUGCGCCCGGCGGCGAGACAACACAUUAGGCCUCGGACAUAACCUUGGAGAUGUCGGUUUUGGCCAAUAUUUCGAUUAAUGCGCUUUUGUAUGUUAUCAUUCUAAUUACUUGUGUGGCCGCCUUGCAUCCUAGGUUGACUUUAAUGGUUACCUUUGCAUGAUCUGCUUAAAGGCCUGCAGCGAAACCUCUGGUUCUGCAUGUCGUGCGUGUCAGCGGUAUACACUAUACCCUCAGACAGAGUUGCAGGAUCACGACCUACGGUAAAAC